UAAAUUCCUUCUGUGAAGAAAGUUUGCAAGAGACGCUUUUUGCCCGGUAUUUUGAUCCAGAGUUUUCCGAAUUCGUGACUAUUUACCAUUAGUACUGUAACUAUUACUUUCGUAUUUGGUAGACUAAGUCAAGAACUUUAAGAAUCUUUCUUGACAUCCUAGAAACUUGGAUGAUGUCUAGCGAAGCUACCGGGAGUAUUACCAUCAAAGAAGAAGCAUCCUCGAGCAGUACGGCUAGCAGUAUUCCCGUAGAAUCCGGCGAAACAGAGGCUAAGAAACCGGAGAUCGGCGCUGACAAGGCGGAAUCGCUGAGCGAAGCCGAGGGCGGGAACGCCGCGGAGUCGACGGAGACCCACUUGAAGCGACUGCAGAAUCUGCGCAAGGAAUUGAGCUACCUCAGCGAAACCGACUGGAUGUACGAGAGUCUCGACAAGAAGGCAACGCAGUAGAAA